AUGAGCCAUCGGAGAAAAGCGAAUCCGAAGAAGCUGAGUGAAGAGCAGGAGAGCUCAUCAAACAAUAAUCCCGAAAUGAAUACCCAUCAACAUCCAUCGGCAUUGACAGCCACGAAUCUUCUCAUCUCCGAGAAUGGAAUGGAGGACACCGCGAAUCCGGCUCACUCGCCGCACAACACUUCCGUGAAAUCAAGCUUCAGCACCAUUUCUGAUCACACCAGCACCUCGGCGACAACCGGCUUAACCGACUAUCCCGAUAUUCUUGCACAAACCGACCAAGGUUGCAUGGUCGUUAUUGACGGAAAUAUUCUAAGGCAUGUGUUGGGAAGCGUUGAGAAAACCGAAUCGAAGGCCGAUCUCCUCCAAAACAUCAUCAAACAAUUGCAUUCGCUUAAGGAUCGAAUUUGCUCCGACGAAUUAUCGCCAUCGAAAGAAGAUUUAAAAGAGGAAGACGAGGAAGAGGAGGACGAGGAGGAGGAGCAACACGAUAUGAAUUCGAUGCUUUCCAACGCCGGCCUCGACUCGGAAACACUUCUCCGCCAACAGGAGCUCCUCCAGCAGCAGCAAUCGCAAACCGCACGCCAAUUCCAGAUCAUGUCGCAACUUUUGAGCAAUUCGAAUCAAGUGCCGUUCCUGUUUCCGGGCUUCGCCUAUGAAUCGCUGUUCAAUGGCAACGCAUUGAAUCCGUCGCUGCUCAGCCAACUGCAAACACCGUUGAGCAAUGGCGUUGCGGCAUUACAACGAACAAUGGCCAGCAAGUUUUUGGAAAGUGUGGGCGGCGAGAAGAUUGAUUCGCCAUUGAACUUAACUAAAGAAUCGCCGUCGCCAACCGGAACUGUACCACAAUCGCCGUUGGCCAACUUCAGACUUCCUUACAACAUUCAGCCAAGCUUUGGAGCAGAUGUGACCGCCUCAUUGAUGAACAACAACAUCUCACCAGCAUCGAGCGGCAAGAGCACACCAGGAAAUGUAUCGGUCACCAGCGAAGUGAACACACCACGCCCGCAAGCCAAAUCGCCAAAUCAUAUAAAGCGUCCAAUGAACGCGUUCAUGGUUUGGGCACGUGAUGAGCGCCGCAAAAUUCUCAAGGCCUACCCGGAUAUGCACAACAGCAACAUUUCGAAAAUUUUGGGCUCGCGUUGGAAAGCGAUGAGCAACACCGAAAAACAGCCAUACUAUGAAGAGCAAUCGAGAUUGAGCAAACUUCAUAUGGAGCAACACCCUGAUUACAGAUACCGGCCGCGUCCGAAGAGAACCUGCCUUGUCGAUGGCAAAAAAGUUCGAAUCAACGAGUAUAAGACAAUGAUGAAGAAGAAGGAGGCGAACUGGAACGAGGAGUCAAGCUUCAACAGCCAACAACUUGAAAUCGCAGGAUUGCCCAAUAUCAACUUGCUCUCGGAGCUUCAACAUCACCAUCAAGGGCAUCUGCUUCAAACCGCAGAGUAG